CUGUGUGGGGUGUCAUUUCCAUGCGUCUGUAGUUUCUGUGUGGGGUGUCAUUUCCAUGUGUCUGUAGUCUCUGUGCAGGGUGUCAUUUCCAUGCGCCCGUAGCCUCUGAGUCUAGUUACCCCUGACACUGCAGUCUCCACUGUGUAUUCUCAUAUUUUCUAUGGUUUUCUGGCAUCGCAGCAUGAAAAACAUCAAAAUUUGUCACAGUGGACUGACAAUACAGGACAGAACAGCUGCAAAAGAAACUUUUUUCCCUCAAACCACAACAAGCAGACGCUGAAAUCUGGACUUGAACUGCAGCCAGAUCUGCUCUGGAGUCCCUAGAAGGAAGAAAGCAGGAAGGAAAGGGCGUGAGCCUCUGGGCAGAAACCAGGGCUGAGAGUAGGCCAGCCUCGGCUGAGUGCCACUAAUGCUGCAGGGACCCCCCCACGAGGUGCGGAAACUCCCCAUCAUCUGCAGAAAACGGUUAUCAGAAGAGUCCCUGUGGAGACGAAAACAGCUUCAUUAAACACCGAGCAGCUCCUCUGAGAGUGCAUAAUGAUGAUGACCCUGUUCACACUCCUUAUCGUCGCUGCUGUGGCUCACGCAAAGACGAUGGACAUGUCCCCUAUGGCAGUAGAUGACCAGUUUAUCAGCUGCGAGCGCCACAUGAUGCAAGAGGUGAUGGAUCCCCGGGGUUUGCUGGAGAAGGAGCUGAAGGAGAGCAACGGAUUUAAGGAAGCAUGGAUAGAUAUCACACAUGGCAAGGGCAACCUCAGCCAGCAGCACGUCCAGGCGCUGGAAGCCUACAGCAGUAGCACGAAAUUCAGGAAAAUGUUCAACGAGGCCGUGGAGCAGCAGGGCUGGAACACCAGCACCUACCGGCGCAGCUUCCCAUACAAGUCUCUCCACUUCCUGCUGACGGACGCGCUGCGCCUACUCAGGCAGGGAUGCCACACGGUUUACCGAGGCUCAGUGACAAAGUAUGAUGCCAAACUGGGAUCAAAAGUGCGGUUUGGGAGAUUCACCGCUGUCGCAAACAAAAAAUCUGAUGUUGAAGAAUUAGCUGAUGAUGGUACGGUCUUCAUCAUCAAAUCUUGCUCUGCUGUGAAAAUCGAGGACUAUGUCCACAAAAACAGUGAGAUUAGCUGGCUAGUUGCUCCAUUUGAGGAGUUCAACAUCACGCAAGUGAAGGAAACCAAUGACUGCAGGGAAAUCACCCUGGAUUAUCACUCAUUUCGUAGCAAUCACAACUGUUCCAUGUUCAGGGACUUCCCUCCCCGCAGGGACCUCGACCCUUCUGGACACGCCGUGACCUCCAGUGCUCCGCUGACAUUGUGCCUCUGUGCGUCACUGUGGGUGACAACCAAGCUCUUCGUCUGAGGCGAUGGCAGUAUGUGAAGAUUGGCCCAUUUAUUGAACAAAACAGAGUGAUUCUUUAUAAUACACAUUCAAUGUUUUUAUCUAUGAAUUAGAUUAAAUCUCGAUCAAUGUGAUCCUCACCUGACAUUGCAGUUUUCCCGGCUGGUUUACAGGAUCUUUAGUUUUCAGUGACCUGCAUCUGCAAAUAACUGUGUUCAUGCAUAAGCCAAAAUAACCUGCAUAAAGCACGAUCUGCAUGCCCCCCCCUCCCCCCGCCCGUUGUGCACAGCUAAAUAACCAUCAGUGCUUGAAAGUGCUGAUGUUCUGCUCUGCAGGUGAGCCGUGACUCACUUCUGUAACUGCACACGAUCUGAGGCCUGUAUCACAAAGCUGGAUUUCUUACUUAGCCAAAGAUUUAAGAUAUUCCAGUAUAAAUGGACUUUAUCUUUGUUUACUUACAUUUAGCCCAGACUACCUUUAAUCCAACAAGUUAUCUGGUUAUGUGAUUAAGCAUGAAAUCCUACUUCUUGAUACAGGCCCCUGCUCUCGCCACUUUCGUCUGUACUUUGAAAUAUCACACUGCUUGGUUUGCAAAGCACCACACCAACCGCUGACUAAUUCACCGCUUGCAUUUAAUCCUUUCAUUUCAUCUUGCCUAAUUACUGAAAUUCAUACUGGAAAUUAAAGAAAAAUAAAGAAGUGAAAUACUUUGCAAAA